AGGAAUCUGAAAAACAGACAAAACCCAUUACGCCAAGCAACCUUAUCACCUCCUCUCCUUUGUUUUAGAGAGAGAGAGAGGGUGAGCUGUAGUGAGAUCACAUUAUUCAUUGCACAUUGAAAACAGCCGCAUGAUAUUAUAGUUUUGUGUCCCUUUUGUUUUUUUUGUUUGGAUAUAGAGAAAUAGAAUGAUCUAUUUUUGGGCAAAGAAAACCUGAGAUUUGAACACCCUUCUUGUUAAAGAAACAGUUGUGUUGUGUGGAUACAGAAUGGUGGGUAUUUUCUCAAGAUUUUCUGUUGGUAGAGGUGGCCAUAGAAGAACCCAAAGUGCCCUUGAUGAGAGAGAAGUAUUGCCCCCAAAUGCAGAUGUUACUGGGGCAGCUGCUGUCGCUGCUGCUGCUCCUCAUGGAAUUGAAGUAGCGGUAGAGUUUAAGCCAGUUGAGCAUCCGAUUGAGCCUCUCGACAAUGAUCAACCAAUUCAGUGUCCGCUACCUGAACCUUCAAUUCUUAAUGAUGGAAGAUUAUGGAAGGAACGAGUAUCCGCAACUGUGCAUAGACGAGGUGAUUUGCCAGUCAUGAAAGAAGGUGGGGCUCUUGAAUCUGAAAAUGUUGAGUCGAGGCCGCGCCCGCGGCCUAACCAGUCCAAUAGACUGAUACUGCCUUCUAUCAGUGCCCCCGAGCAUAAUUUACUAAAACUACUUGAAGAAUGUAAUGCAUCUGGGGUCUAAAACCUGGUACCGAUUUCUAAUUGGAAUGCAGCUUUGCAUAGUUCCAUACAAAAUUUGUUGCCAUCUUCUCCUUCUCCUUCUUCUUUUUUUUUUUUUUCCCUUUCUUUCCCUCUCCCCUGUUUUUUCGGCAUAAGUUUAUUGGAGUAUAUGUAAUUACCAAUGAACCAUAGCAAGGUUACACCUUUUCUAUGUAUAUGUAACAAAUAAAUGUUAAGCGCAAAAACAUUCUUGAAAUUUGAUAGAUGUAGUCAUUUAUCGCAGAUUAUGGAAA